AUGUCAAGUAUUGACAGAUUCAGUGCGAAAAUCACUAAUCGAAGUUCGUUGCCAGCCUUUUAUCACGAAAAUGUCAUAAACCUCAUAUUUGAUUUAAGAAAAGAAAUGAUUGCGAGGAAAAUUCGUACUGCUGGGCAGGAAACAACGGAUGAACAAAUAUCUGCUUGGAAUAGCAAUCUUUCUGAAUUAGAACGCCUUAUUGAUUACCACAAAAAUCUCUCAGAUGACGAAAUAUUAAAAGGUGAUUAUUCAGAAGUGGAUUGGGUCAAGAUUGCCAAAGUUGAUGUAUGUUUAGUAUCAUGUAUUCAAUUUCUGGGAAAUCGGACUCCGAGACAAUUACGAUUGAAAUGGGUUAAUGAACUUUGUCCUAAGUGGUCUAAGGAACCGUGGUCUGCUCAAGAAAUAGAGCAACUCAGAAAAUAUGCAGGAAAGUGGAAUAAUUGGAAUGUUAUUGCCGAACGAUUAGGUACAAAUCGUACACCAUUUCAGUGUUUCGUGAAAUAUCGGAGUGAAUUAGAGAUUGAAAAUACUGGACGGCCUUGGACGAAGGAAGAGGACGCUCAGCUAAUGACUUUGGCUCACUGUAUGCAAGUAAACGGUCAUAUGCACUGGGAAAAAAUUUCACAUUUCAUGGAAACGAGAUCACGUCAACAAUGUUCCUGCAGGUAUAAACGAACUCUUGAUACCAGCAUUAAAUUUGGUCGAUGGGAUGCAAGUGAAGAUGUGAUUUUAACAUGUGCUGUGAGUCGGUUUGGAACAAAAGAUUGGAUAAAAGUUGCAUCACAUGUACCAGGAAGAAGUGAUUCUCAGUGUCGUGAUAGAUGGGUAAAUGUACUAGAUAAAAGUAUUAAAUCAGAGCCGUGGUCACUUGAAGAAGAUGAAAAAUUAUUGGAAGGAAUUAAAAUCUUUGGGAAAGGUGAAUGGUCAAGAAUUUCAACAUUGAUUCCGGGCCGAUCUGCUUCACAUUGUAAAUCGCGUUUUCGAUCACUCUUUUCGGCUAAAGUCAAGCUGGCUUCGCACUGUCGCUCAUAUCCAUUAAAACGUUUCAACUGGAGAGGCAAACAUCGUCGACAAGAAGUCGAAGAAACAUUUCGCAAACUGCUAGCUGCAGAUGGUCUUGUGGAGCAAGUUCUGAAUUCUUUCGACAUCGAAGGAUUAAGCGUUGAUGAAAUGGAAGCAUUUUCAGCGAUGGCUCCGGAGCAAAGAAAAACAGCCAUCGAAUUUUUCAGUCAAAUUCGAGAAACUAAUUUGGAAACUGAGGAGAAUAAUGAAGAAGCCAUUUACAGACUGCUAAGCGACAAGCUGCAAUUUGACAUCAAUUAUUUGGACAGUUCAAUGCAAAAUGUUUUGAUGAAACAUUUUAAAAAAUUAUUUGAAGAAAGCACUGGCACUCUUUUAACAGAUGAAGAAAAGUAUGAGUUUGAUAUGAGGUGCAAAAUUUUACAAGAAACUGAUGAAAAGGGUGCUAAAGAUCAUAUAGUUGAUGGAUUAUGUGAUUUGAUUAAAAGAAAUGAUACUAAACAGUGUAUCAAACGACAAACAAAAUUUGUUAAAAGUGAAAUUCUUGAUGAAAUAUCUCGAUACCUUCGUUCGGUACUUAUUAAUGAUAUAAAUGAAGCUGUGGCCACCGGUGUUGGUGAUUUUGCUUUACCACCUUGCAUUGAAACAUAUGCACUUUCUUUACGAUUUGGCAGCGCAGUUAUUCGAUCCAUUAGUAUCGGUAAGAUUUUUUCAUUUGUUUUUGUUUUUCCAACAUAUUCUGGAAUGAGACAAAUAUAUAUCAGCACUUCAACAGUUGAAAUUUUUCAGGGCGAAGAAACUAGCAUAUAUCCUCAGCUUUCUGAAAAAAUUAUAUUCGAUCCUGAAUAUGUUUUGCUAAAGGCAAAGAUGCGGGUAUUACUAUUUUGGCCAAUGCUUUUAUAUCGAGCGAUAGAAAGUGAAGAUUCAGUCGAGAACCGAAUGCACUUGCGAUCUGUUGGUGCUGCAAAAUUAGUGGAACUAGAACAACAAGCCAAAAAUUCAAAUGCAUCGCAAAAUACGAAGGAUUCAGUUUCUAAACAAUCACUAGUUCAAACAGAUGCGGAAGAUGAAGCAUUGAUGAUUCCUAGUUGUUCGGCAAACUUAAGUGUUCGUGAAUUUCUUAAAAGGCGACUGUUGAAACAGCCAAGAAAAUAUUUAUGCUCUAAGAAAAUGGAAAGUGAAAGUGAAAAUGUCGGUAGUAGUAAACAGAUUGUGCCGGAAUUUACUGAACUGAUGAGCCGUCACAUCGACGAAUGUAUUGAAUCAGUUUGUAUGGCUGUUAAAAAAAUUUAUGAGCGCGAUUUCGUUACUGCGAAUCCGAUUGAGUCAAGUGAAAGCAGAAUAGCUGUUAAUUUAAGUUCUAGCCCGGCAGUAGUAAAAAUAACAUCAGAUGAUAAUGUCAAGAAGCUGAAUGAAGAGCAGACAGAAGAACCUAGUGAACAAGCUAAGACUGCUGUAGAAAUUCGACAACCGGCAUUAGAUUCUUUGGAAAUUAAUGAUGGUCAGCAAAGACGAAGAAGAAAGGAGAAAUCAACUGUGGAUGAAAUGCCAAUUAGAAAAUCUAAAAGACUACGAAAAUGCAUUGACCAACAUUUGCCUUAA